UCUGAAUCUCAAAUUAUGUCGCGUAAUUUGCUUUUUUCGCUCUUUUUCUUUUUCUCUUUUCUCUAAGAUGGAUUCUAAACAGUCUGUUAUUGAUGCCAAAAGGGCCGAAAUAUUGGCAAAAUUAGCCAAAUUCAAUAACAAAAAGAGCGAGCCGCCACAAGAACAACAAAGACCACCAAAAAGACCUUCUUCUUCCUCCUCUUCUUCGUCUUCACAAAGACCAGCUCCACCUCCACCUUCUUCUAGUAGUAGUAGCAGGUCCUCACAAAAGGGUCGCUCGGGUAAGAAAGUGACACCUAUUCCUGCGCCACCACCAGCUGGAACGGGUGGAGGAUUAAAUUUAGUUGAAUUGCAACGUCGUAUUGCUGAAGCAAAGACACGACUUUCUGGCACACCUGGUGGCAUAAAUGUACGUCCCACUGGAUCACCAUCAUUGCGCACAAAUGAAACAAAACCGCCUGCUCUUCCUUUGAACGACGCAGGUCAAAUUGACUUGAAAGCCAUGCUGGAUAAAGGCAUCAUACCCCGAAGAGAAACUGUGAAUACAAAAGCUCUUCAACGUUCAAAGCAAAAGACAUCAGCAACCAAAGACAUACCAGCAGCAGUAGAAAAGAAACCACUCAAGUUAUUAGAUGAUGUACCUUCUGAUUUCACAGAUCCUACCAAAAAUCCUUAUUUUGACCCCACCAUGGAAGUAAAAGUAGCACCUAAAUCACGUCGUUCGCGCCAACUUAAGUUUGUUCAACCGGGCAAAUAUAUUGAUAUUGCUAAUCAAGAAAGAGCCAAGACACAAUUGGAGAAAAUGAAGCAAGCCAUUGCAGAGAGUGUCAAGAAAGCUGGUAUGCAGACUGAACUCGAUGUGUCUGAUAAAGUGAUAAAGCGAGAACCACCUCCUGCUGUUGAAUGGUGGGAUGCUCCCUUUUUAGCUAACAAAACGUAUGACGAUUUGAAUGAGAAUGAGAUUGACCCUGAUAAAUUGGACACAUUGGUUACAAUGUACGUUCAUCAUCCUGUACCCGUUCAACCACCUAGUGAGGCCAAUGCACCACCUAUUGUCAGAUCAUUGAUGUUGACCAAGAAAGAACGUAAGAAGAUGAGAAGACAAAGAAGAGCGGAAGCUUUGAAAGAUAAGCGUGAUAAGAUCAGACUGGGUUUGAUUGAACCCGAUGCACCCAAAGUUAAAAUCAGUAAUCUUAUGAAAGUACUCGGUGACGAGCAGAUUCAAGACCCUACAAAGAUUGAAGCCCGCGUUAGAAAAGAAAUGGAACUUCGACAAAAGAUGCAUGAAAAAGCUAACGAGCAACGUAAAUUGUCUCCUGAAGAAAGAAGAGCCAAGAUCACAGCUAAAAUCAGAGAAGAUCAAAAAGCUGCUAAUGAAGUUGCUGUGUUCAAAAUUAAACAUUGCUCUCAUCCUAAAUUAAGAUUCAAGAUUGAAAAGAACGCUCAACAACAUGAAUUGACAGGCAUCGUUAUUGUUCAUCCCAAAUGUAAUAUUGUGAUUGUAGAAGGCGGUCCAAAGGCAAUUAAGCUAUACAAACGACUUAUGCUAAGACGUAUUGACUGGAAUGAUUUGCCACCUCCCAAAAACCUUCAAGCAGAUGAGACUGCAAUGGACAUUGAUGAAAACAAUCCUUAUGCUUUAAAAGAAGGUGAAGAAAACAAAUGUUAUUUAGUCUGGUCUGGUCCAGUGAAGACCAAGUCAUUUAAGAAGUUUACAUGGCGUUCAUUUGAAAGUGAAAAGAUGGCCAGAGAAGAGCUGGGCAAAUGGAAUGUGGAAAACUAUUGGGAUGUUGCCUUGUCUACUUCAGAUCAAGACUUGGAAGCACGGCAGCCUACUUUAUAAAUAUAAUAAACUCGCCUUGGAUUGAAUUAUUCAAUGUUUUUCUCAUAUCGUCAUUAAACUUUCCGCUUAUAACACCCAAUUCAUCGCUUCUUUUGUAAGAAAGGACUGAGUAUUGUGCAGCGAA